AAGAAAAGAGCAACCUGGAAUUUAAAGAGCAAAGAUUACAAUCUGGCAAUGCGGAAAUAGAUGGACGUUUCAUGUCACCGAGCUUGCUUCCCACUUCUGGACCGAAGAGCUAACUGUUCAGACUAGAGAAGGGGAUUGCAUUUUAGUGACACAAUCUUUGAAAUAUUGUUUUUCUUCUCUCACAUUGUUAAUAACUGUAUCUUUUCAUAUAUGUGCGCUCAUCUGUCGCUCUCGGACCACAGCAGAGACGGAUCUCAAAGACUUUGUGCUCUCAAUAAAACAAAGUGGGCUUUUUCGGUGGAAAAAAAGUAAUUUGUGUUUUGUAUCGAGCAUCACCAUGGACGUGUUGGCAAAUUACAGUAUUUUUCAGGAACUCCAACUCGUGCACGACACGGGCUACUUCUCAGCGAUGCCAUCCCUGGAAGAGAACUGGCAGCAGACCUGCCUUGAGCUGGAGCGGUACUUGCAGACUGAGCCCAAACGCUUUUCCGAGCUCUUUGAUGAAGAGCUGGAUGACCUGCUCACCCCAGCCUUCAUGAAGGCAGACAGUGAGGAUGAACUGUCAGACCCUCUGCUGCCCAGCCUGGCUGAGAGGCCUACGCCCACCUUAGGCUCACCUCAUAAACUCGUGUCUGUCCCAGUCGUCUCCAAGACCCCUGAGACAGGUUCGAAGGAGGGCCCGGAGGGAGUUAAUGCUGCCCAACUAAGCGCAGUCACUUCACUCACGCCGCCCUCAUCCCCAGAGCUGGGCCGCCACCUGGUGAAACCAGCCCACACGCUGACAGCAACAGCAGACGGCACACUCACAUUGAAGCUGGUUGCCAAGAAGAUGGGCCUAGGGGCCGCAAAGCUGAUGGCUGCCCAAACAUUGCCCUCGCCGUCCAGCAAGGGUGCCCUGAGCGACAGCGAAACGGUUGCAGGGGGAGGUGCUGGGGGGGAAAUCCCCGAAAACAAGAAGAGGGUCCACCGCUGUCAGUUCAAUGGUUGUAGGAAAGUGUACACAAAAAGCUCCCAUCUGAAAGCACAUCAGCGAACUCAUACAGGUGAGAAGCCUUACAAAUGCUCAUGGGAGGGCUGCGAGUGGCGUUUUGCCCGGAGUGACGAGCUGACACGGCACUACCGCAAACACACUGGAGCCAAGCCCUUCAAGUGCAACCACUGCGACAGGUGUUUCUCCAGGUCAGAUCAUCUGGCCCUACACAUGAAGAGGCACAUCUGAGUGCAAAAAGAAUGAAGACUGGAGAGAGACAGAGACAGGAGAGGGAGUGACAGUGAGUAGAGUGGCAGAAACAAACAACAUGUCGACGCAAUGUGCCCGUGCCACCCAGAAAAGGUUCGGUGGUGAACUUCUUUGAGGAGCAUCUUGACACCUGUGGGCUGAUACUCUGGCCACCAGCAGGGAAUGGACAAUAGAGAGAAAGGGAGGGCAAGAAAGAAAGUGACAUGGAGUUCUGUGGUUUUGUUCAUAGACACAUAGAAGCCAACAGACCUACAUUUGUCAGCAGAUUAGUCAUGCCUUAUGUAGCUGGGGCUGGGAAUCAGACACUGCCAAACAAUCUUGCUGAUCCAGUCGUGCCCCAUGUACCAUUUAACUGUUCUGGACACCCCAGAGAGUCUCUAAGAGGAGCUACAGCCUACACAUCAAAACUCUUCAAACCACUCAUCAGACUUUGAUCUGCUGGUCAUAAAAUUUAUACAAAAAAUCUUCUAUUGGCAUAUUCUGGCGUGAACUGUAUUUUACUUUUUUUGUCACAACUCACUAACUGCUGUAAUCUCAAGCAAAGAAGACAUCCAGUGAAAUAGAAAAUACAACCGAACUGUAAUGAAGAGGACUGAUGGGAAGACUGGUGGCCAAGGAGCAAUGCCCAGGACUUAUGUCUAAUACUCCGUCCCUCCAGGAGUGGACGUGUGGAAGGGGCCAGAGGGCAUUUUUCCUGAUCGCCACUGGCCGGACAUUGUUUCCUUCUUCAAGCCAGGCACCUCACAGGCUACCCUACAAGUAACACAGCGACACUUUUGUUUUUUGCCUUUUUUUUUAAAGCUUGUCUCUCCUUUCUUGGAACUUCAAUGUCUUAAGACACAGACAUAAUAGUCACUCUGUGAGCACAGAUGUGAGCAUAGUGAGGAAAAUCAUGUGCGAACAGAAAAAAAAAAAACUCUGAAGCUGCUGCCGAGCUCUGAUGGCACAGGACACGAAAAAGACCACAAAAUAUUAACGGAAAGGCUUUAUGAUUGUACUUCUGAAAUGAAAGGACAGCCUCCUCUUUUUCAUUUUGUGAGGGGUUCUGUCUCUUGCAGAAUGCUACACAAAGCAAAGAGCGGAGCACAAUGCUCGGUCCUCUCCCUCGAAUGGGUUGGGAAAGCUUCAGAAUAGCAGUAAGAUCCCAGAAGCUCUGUCUGAUCAUGGAGCAAAUGGAGGGUGAUGUCCCGCAGGUGUCCCAGGUAGUGAUGGGAUGAACAUAGGCGUUGAACAUACUCAGACUUUUAGAUGUCUUUAGCAGUUUGAACACACAAGGCCAUUUUCUGCCAAGUGGAACUUGCUUGUUUCCUACCUGUCAUCUGCACUGACUUUUUUCCAAAGUGAUGCAUUCGUUUUUUUCAUACUGGACAGAAAAAAAAAUA